AUGUAUCCCAAUCAGCGAGAGUGCCUUACCACGCUCCUUUACGGGGAGCAGCACUCAGUAUUUCCUUCUCAAGCUGACAGUGCUUUCAAGGGCGUCCUGCAAGCGCCCUCUCCACAGCCAAGAUGCCCGAGGAAGGUCAGCUCGGCUGAAGGGGCGGUGAAGGAGGAGCCGAAGAGGAGAUCGGCCAGAUUGUCAGCGAAACCCUCGCCUGCAAAAGUGGAAACGAAGCCCAAAAAGGCACCAGGAAAGGAUAAAUCUUCGGACAAAACAGUGCGCAAAGGUAAAAGAGGAGCAAAGGGGAAACAGGCUGAAGGAGCUGACCAAGAAGCUAGAGAAGAUUUACCUGCUGAGAAUGGAGAAACGAAAAACGAGGAGAGUCCAGCCUCUGAUGAAGCAGGAGAAGAGAAGCCAACAUUGGCUACAAUGGCUAAUGGCUACAGUAUUGAGGAAGAUGGAGGAGGAAAUCUUGGCUCUACACGUAAACUAAUAGACCAUAAGGAACCCUGUGAAGUAAGUAGUGUUGGCCUAAAUUUUACAGAUUUGCAACCUGGUUAUAGAGCAGUAAGCUAA